UUGGGGUUUGUAAGGGGCUCCCAGCCAAGGAGACAUCGUGUUGAUGGAGUCCCUUUUCCCCGUUGGCUUGGUGCAAGACUUUCUGAACGCAGCGACGCUGCUCUGAAAAGGUGCGUCUUCACCCUGUGACGUUUCAUUUGUUCUAGCGGGGAAUGAAAGAUCUCCAAGCGAUCAGCACGAUGAGGAGGCACUUGAGCCCUGACUGCUUGUUCCUCAGCUUUCUGGUUGGCAGCCUGUCCAGAAACCUCUCCGACUUUACAGCCCUGGCUGAUAAUCACACGACAAAAGGUCUCACUCCAGCCACCCUGGAGACCGCGGGAGCUGUAUACGAAUAUGUGGCUGCACCUCUGGACUGGUGGCACGCGGACAGAUACUGCGAGCAGCGCUUUGCUCGCCUGCUCUUGGAGACGCAGGACAGCGAGCUGGCUCCUGUCAGCGGGCUGCUGCAGUCCCACGGGGUGCAAAGCCCUGUCUGGGUCAAUGAGGACUCCUUGCUGCACAAGCCGAGGCAGAGACGAGUCCACGUGGCACCAAUCCUGGUCUUCAGAAAUAAGACGGACACCAAGUACGUGAAGGUGCUGGCCGACUUCCCGGCGAUGCCGGCGGUGACAGCCUGCGCCCACGUCCAGUGGGAUGGCCGGACCCCGGAGAUUGCCACCGUCUUCUCCUACGCCGUCCCGGCUUUCAUCAACGAGUUCCAGCUGCGCGGCUUCCGGGAUGAGGAGGGCUUCGUGCGGUUCGCCCUCAUCGUCCACGGGCACCACUCCCCGUACCUGCCCGUCUUCCGGAGCGACGGGGAAUGGCAUCACUUCUGCGUCACCUGGCAGCAGCGCAACGGGACGUGGGCCAUGUAUGCCGACGGGAAGAGGAAGGCCUCUGCCACCGGGUUGUGCGCUGCCGGGCUGGCCGCCACCCAGGCCGUCCGCGGCCACGGGACCUUCAUCAUCGGACAGGACCAGGACUCGCUCGGCGGCACCUUCAAGGAGAAGGAGUCCUUCAGCGGGAACCUCACGGACCUGCACGUGUGGCGGCAGGUGCUCAGCGAAGUGCAGCUGGAGAGGGUCCGGUCCUGUCGCCUGGUGGAGCAGGAGCUGGUGUUUGGCUGGAGCAGCUACACGCUGGAGAUUGAGCCCACGGUGCAGGAGGCCACGGUGCAGCUCCUCUGCCCAGGGCCCGUGGAGCAGUGCAGAGCGCUUGAGGCCGGCCGUGGCAGAUUCAGCUAUGCAGCGUGUUUGCAAGCCCUGCCGUUCGUCUGUCACUACAGGAAGGCGGCAUAUUUACAGCUGAAGAAGGCCCAGUCAGAGUCCAGCCCAUCGCUCAUCAGUCAGGCUAAUGCCCUGGCGAAUGCUACGGUGAUUCCUGAGCACGUCCUCCUGGGCGACGUCCGAGACGUGACCGUCUCGGCAGCAGUCAGUGCCCUGGAUGCGCUGAGGACGGUGCUAAGGGCGGAGGAAACCCCCGUGGAGCCAGCCGACCUCCUUGGCAUCGUUCGGUUCCUGAAGGACGUGUCAGACAUCGAAGUCCAGGAGCAAGAGCAGCUGGAGAUGCUGGAGCAGCUGAGCCGGGACUACGUGGAGGUGGCAGGGUUGAUCCUGGAAGAACAAAACGCCGAGCGGUGGUCAGAAAUCAGUCAGGUUAUCGGGGGGCCGAUGACUGUCGUAGAUAACGUGGACAGGAUGGCGUCGAAUCUCCACCAGCUGCUGCGCGUGGACAGGACCACGGUCACCAUCCGGCACAGAAACCUUGGAGUCGAAGUCAGGACCGUGGAGCUGAGCGGGCCGGAGCCCAGCAGUGACGUGUACCUCAUCCCAGGCCAGCGCGGCGGCGGGCCGGACUUCAUCGAGGUGCCCGCUGAAGAAGUGGCGAGGCUGAAAGCCAGAGGCCUCAGCAGUGUCACCGUGACCAAUGCGUGGUAUGGCUACUGCGCCCUCCAGCGCUUCCUCGCCGGCGGCAGCAGCCAGGACGCCCUCCAGGAUGCGGCCACCUCCGACGGGGGCCAGAGGUACGUGAGCACCCGCGUGGGCACCGCCGUCGUCUCCUCCGCUCUGCUCAGCGACUACCAGGAGAUCCGUACGGCCGUGCGCUACCGCCUCCAGCAUCGCGCCCAGGACCUGCCUGACAAGCUCGUGGAGCCCGUCUGCGCCUUCUGGAACUUCAGCCUCAGCCCAGACACCGGCGGAGCGUGGUCCAGCGUGGGCUGCUCCAUCGUAACGUCUCACCCAGAGUCCACGGCCUGUUUCUGCAACCACACGACCAACUUUGCGGUGCUGCUGCAGGUGUACGAGGUGCAGAGGAGCACAGAGGAGGAGUCGACGCUGAAGACCCUGACGUUUAUUGGCUGCGGCGUGUCCUUCUGUGCCCUGAUUGUGACGUUCGUUUUAUUCCUGGCAGUCGGCGUUCCCAAGAGCGAGCGCACGACAGUGCACAAGAACCUCAUCUUCGCCUUGGCUGCGGCGGAGGCGCUGCUUAUGUUCAGUGAAUUGGCCAAGAGCAACCAGGUUAUGUGCUUUGCUGUCACGGCUCUCCUCCACCUCUUCUUCAUGGCGGCCUUUUCGUGGAUGCUGGUGGAGGGGCUUCUCCUGUGGAGCAAGGUAGUGGCCGUCAACAUGAGCGAGGACCGGAGGAUGAAGUUUUACUACGCGACUGGCUGGGGCCUGCCCAUUCUUAUCGUGGCCGUGACUCUAGCGACUUCCUUUAGCAAGUACGUGGCAGACGACCACUGCUGGCUGAACGUCCAAACCGACAUCAUCUGGGCCUUCGUCGGGCCGGUUCUCUUCGUCCUCAUAGUGAACAUGGUCGUGCUCUUCCGCGUGGUGAUGGUGACGGUGUCGACCGCUCGCAGGAGGUCCAAGAUGUUGACACCCAACAGCACCCUGGAGAAGCAGAUCGGCAUCCAAAUUUGGGCCACGGCCAAGCCCGUCCUGGUGCUCCUGCCCGUGCUGGGGCUGACGUGGGUGUGCGGGGUCCUCGUGCACCUCAGCAUCGUCUGGGCGUACGUCUUCAUCGGGCUGAACUCCCUGCAGGGCCUGUAUAUAUUCCUGGUCUAUGCCCUCUAUAACAGCGAGGUGAGGAACGCCAUACAGAGGAUGAAGGACAAGAAGAAAGCGCUCUCGUUCACCAAUUGUUCGCAUCCCAUCAACUAUCUGUCGAGUCCCAGAAACACGGCGUCCUGGGAGAUGGGCAGACUGAACCCCUCUGCCCCCGAGAGCAUCGCGUCAUCCCCUGUGCAGAAAGACCCGCCACUGAAGAACAUCACCCACAAAGGAAACUUUGGUGCCAAAAUUCCUAUGGGGAUCUCAUCCAUCAUGUCACCAGACAAACCGGCGGUAGAGCUGACAGCGUUCAAAUGCUCAGGUUUCUGAGGCGUGCCCGCAGGGGCCCCCCCCCCCCACCCUGACCCUGGCCCGGACCCGGACCCGGACCCCAGCGCUCUGCAGGCAGA